CAAACAACCAGCAGCUGUCAAAUAUUUUUGUUUGUCAUCUUCAACACAAACUUUCCGAAGUUAUUGUGAAUUAAAACAUCGAAAAUGUCUGAAAUGGAAGUAACGGAGAGUGGGAACGAUUGUUCCAAUGAUUUGUUGCUUCUGGAUCGUGUAUUUCUGCGUCUGGGUAACGCGGACAGUGAUGACCAGCUUGAAAGCUGCUUGAAUCGGUUCUUGCCGCCAGUGAUACUGAAGCUAUCGUCACCACAUGAACAGGUACGCACAAAAGUGAUGGAGUUGCUGGUGCAUGUAAACAAGAGAGUAAAGUGUCGUGCGGAUGUGCAGCUGCCUGUGCAGACUUUGCUGCAGCUGUACAAGGAACCCACUUCCAACAGCUUUAUUAUUAACUUCUCAAUCAUAUACAUAACAAUGGGGUUCCCAAGGCUUCCUCGGGAUCAGCAGCUGAGCCUGGCGCCAUCACUGCUGCAAGCUAUUGAGAACAAACCUCAAGGACACCAAGAUGGUAUCCUGAUGCUAGUCAUGCCACUGCUGGGAGAUAUCAAAGAAACUGAUCUGAAUUUAAAAGAGAAACCUAAAGUUGCCAACUUGAUACUCAAGUUUGCUACUGAUGUCCUACUUCUACCAUAUAGAGCGCUACCAAACCCCGGUGAGAGUGAGUUCCAAGUGCCGCCCGGUAUGAGCAUGAAGACAUACAAACGUAUAAUUGACAAGAACCAGUUGAAUCCUAACCAACUUGAAGAGAUGAAGCUGUCUAUAGUAAACUUUAUAGGCAAAGAUAUAUUCAACAUGAACGACACAUUGCUUACGUUGAUUGUAGCUGCGGCCGACUCGCGGUUCAGUGUUGCCAACCACGCGAACAGUCCACUUAUAAGGGUUAACAGUUCAGUUGAUUGGUCUUCACCUUCAGUCGUGGCUCCAUUAUACUCAUUAUAUUUGGGUACGUGGGGUGGUAUGAAAGUACCCCCAGAUGAUCGCAAGGUACCAGCUUGCACGAGGCUUCGUUUAAAACUGAUACAGUAUUUGAACAAAGCGACUGGACCAGCGAUUAUGUUCCCUCAUUGUGUACAGGUCGUAUUCUCGUCUCUUUUUGAUCCGAACACAAACUCAAGAUUGCGCAAUCAGGCGCUAGUGUUUCUCCUGAACGUUAUCAACAGUGGUGAUGAAGUCCAACUGAAGAAGGUAGCAACAGUGUUCCUCCAAGGACUACUAAAGCUCAUCAGAUCUGAUGAGCAUGCGGAACAACACCCUAAAGCCUACAUGUGUUUAGGACGCCUAGCGAUGAAGUGUCCAGACACGAUCAACAAUCAGUUCGCUCUACUAGAGGAGUUGGUUAAGAAGAUACCGGAUGCUGUGCCCGAGAUGAAGACCGCGCUCAGAGACGCACUGCUAGAGAUGUCAGCUGGCUUCAAGAUUAAUACUGAAGCUAAAGCCGACACUCCGAGUUCUUCCACGGCCGGCACGUCACAAGGCGACAAGAUGGAAGUGGACGACAGCUCCAAGACGAGCCCCUUCGAUGAACCACAGGCGUUGGCGCUGUUCGCUUUGCUGGACCAUUACAUGCACAGUGAAGAGUCAAUGAUCCGGUACAUAGCUAUGCGUUACUCGGCCGCCGUCUUUCCGCAGGACUACGUGCCAUCUCGAUACUUGCUGCUAUUGGCCAGUGGAGACAGUCAAGACGAUAUCUCAACUGAAGCGCUAAAAUGUCUGUACGGCACUUCGCGGCCUAGUGAAAUAGAGGACGCGGUUUUCAACGUAUCUAAGAAAGAGACAGCAGUAGUCAAUAUAGACGAAGAUGGUUCUAAGAAAGACAAGGACAGAGCAGAUGAGAAUCAAGAAUUGAAAGUGCCAAAGUUUUCAGAAGUUGUUAAUUAUGUGUGGGAUCAAAUGCAGAAGAGGAAGAAAGGGUCGAACUCUAAACAUAGGUUCGUGAUUGGAAACCAAGUGUUGCAGUUUCAUCCUUUGACUUAUCAGGAGAUUCUACGAUACAUGCGUAUGUGUCUGAACCGCGACGCUGCCCUGAAGGAUUGCUCGAACCACCCCAACGCGACGUCCCCGCUCCUCGCCAAGUACUUCUAUGACAAUUUGCUAGACACAGAAGUGCUGGAACGAUACCUCACCAUGAUCACCUCAUUACUGAACGCCAGUCCAGAAAUAAUGCCGCUAUCAUGCUUCCUGGACAUAAUCGGCUGCGUGCCUGAGAAAAUGGCGGCAAAAUAUACUAGUCUUUUACCAUUCUUACGUAAUCUAUUCACGUCGAGUACUAAGGAGGAUAUAAGGGAUAUAUCCGCGGUAAUCUACGCAAUAAUCACAGUACAUACCAGUGAGAAAUCAGCUAUAGAUAAGGAAAUAAAGGAGUUUGUAUCACAAGGACAAAAUAAUAAGAAUUUGGAGGCUCAAUGUGGAUAUUUGGCGGCGUUUUCAAGUCUUUGUGAAAGAUGUAUCGUUUUGUCUAAGAGAGCUAAGUUCGGUGGCAAAGGAUUUAAUCCGGCUAAUUGGGAGCCUUAUCAAGAAGGCGCUGUUGUUUUGGCCAACUUCCUAGCAAGUUCGCAAACAUUGUUGGUGAGUACAUCAUGCUCGGCCAUUUCUCUCCUGGCUCGAUGCAGCGGCCUGCCACUACCAACAUCUUCGACCAAGCAGGAUACAUUACUCCAAGGCGAGAACCCCUUCAACAUCAACAAGAGUGACAUGAAUGUUGACGAUAAUGACGUCACGAAGUUCACUGUUGCUGAUAGGUUAUUCAAAGUAGUCGGCAACGCGAAAUUGCCGUCAAAGUUAAAAGAGAGGGCGCUGUAUACACUUGGCCUGCUGUGUUGUGGAGAACGAUUACCUUUCGCGAAGCAAAUCGUUAUGGGAUUCUUACAGAUGGCAAAAGAUAGCAAAGAAUUUGAAAUUCAUUUGCAAAUUGGUGAGUCCCUAGUACUAUGCGUAGAAGGAGUGAAUUCCAAUGAGAACAGAGAUCUGUGGACUGAAUUGCCUAAAGAGGGUGCUGCAAAGAUUAAAAAUACGGACGCUUUAAAGGAGAAUGAUGAGUUACUAGAAUGGUUGUUGCAAGAACUGUUCAAGAUCGGAAGACAUCCACAUCCACAUUCUAGACAGGCGACAAGUAUUUGGUUAUUGGCGUUACUCAAAAACUGCGCUGACCGGGCGCCUAUCAAGAACAAGUUGCCGAUCCUACAAGACGUAUUUAUGGACUUCCUAUCUGAGAAUAGCGACAUAGUACAAGAUGUGGCCAGCAAAGGUUUAUCCCUCGUUUACCAGAACUCGGAUGAGAGUCAGAAGCAAGCGCUAGUGGGUCAGAUCAUAGAACAGCUGACGAGCGGUAAGCGAUCUGUAGCACAAGUCACAGAGGACACCAAGAUAUUUGAAGAAGGACAGCUCGGGAAAGCACCUACUGGUGGCAAUCUCUCCACUUACAAAGAGUUGUGUUCUCUCGCAUCAGAUCUGAACCAACCGGAUCUUCUAUACAAGUUCAUGCAUCUUGCCCAUCAUAAUUCUAUGUGGAAUUCUAAGAAAGGCGCGGCGUUCGGUUUCCACUCGAUAGCGCUGCAGGCGGGGGCGCAGCUGUCGCAGCACUUGCCGAAGAUAGUGCCGCGCCUCUACCGGUACAGGUUCGACCCCACGCCGCGCAUACAGAACUCCAUGCAGGCCAUCUGGCACGCCAUCGUGCCCAACACUACUGCUACCGUACACAAAUAUCACAAAGAGAUCCUGGAUGAUCUAGUGGCGAAUCUCACAUCAGGUCAAUGGAGAGUCAGGAUGUCUUGCUGUAACGCACUCGCUGAUCUGUUGCGAGGCGCGCAGAGUUUGCAUCAGUCCCUACACCAGUUGCCCACGAUUUGGUCGCAGUUGUUCCGAGUGAUGGACGACGUACACGAGGGUACAAGGCAGGCCGCCACCUCUACUGCUAACGUACUGUCCAAGCUGUGUAUUCGGGCGGCGGACGCGAACGCUGGCAAGGACGGCAAGGAGGUUGUGUCCGUGAUACUACCCGUAUUGCUCGACACUGGUAUCACCAACCUGGUCAAAGAAGUCCGCAGUGUCAGUCUGCAAACAGUUUCAAAGCUGGUGACAGCAGCAGGAGAAACACUGAAACCGUUCCUAGCUCGCUUGAUCCCCGCGCUGGCGGGCGCGGCCGGCGAGCUAGAGUCGGCGCGACUGUCGUACCUCGCCACCGCGCUCGCCGACACUUCGUCGCGCGACCUGCUUGACGACAUGCGGGCCAGCGCUGCCAGGCACCAUUACACUACUGAUACUGUUGUUAAGUGUAUGCCAUACGUGGACAUAGAGGUGAUGAAGGAGAUGCUGCCCAAGAUCCUGGAGCUGAUGAAGUCCCCGCAGCUGGGGACCAAGGUGGCCUGCUGUCACUUCGUCGUACUAGCGGCGCAUUACUUGAGGACUGACCUGGAACCGGUCGCGGGGAAGAUCAUGGCCAACCUGCUUACUGGAACCUUCGAUAGAAACGCCACUGUUAGGAAGAAUUAUGCUGAAGCUUUGGGACAAGUCUCCGCUUAUGCUAAGGUCCAAUCUGCGGAGAAAUUAAUGAAGAAAUUGGUGACGUUGUACGAGACGAAGGAGGACGAUAUGUCGCGGUCUGCCAUCGCGCUCUGCCUAAAGUCCAUAUCCAAGGCUAAGAUAGAACACAUCAAGGACAACGAGGAUGUGCUGGCGCCCAUGGUGUUCCUGGCCAUGCAUGGGCCUAAGGACGAAGAUUCAUCGACAGUGGAGAUGUUCGAGGAGAUAUGGACGGACAUCAGCCCGGCUCGGGAGAGCGGCAUCAAGCAACAUCUCACUCUCAUACGCGAGGAGAUUGAGAAGUGUCUUAACUCCAGUAGCUGGACUAAGAAGAUUCAGGCGGCGAAUGCGAUAAAGACAGUAUGCAAGGAGGUAUCGUCAGGUCUGGGCGCGCACCGCGAGCAACUGGUGCGCGCCGUGCUGGCCGCCGUGCACGGGAAGACAUUCGACGGAAAGGAACAUGUCGUCAUGGCGCUCGCCGACCUCUGCGCGGUAAAAGAAAACGAGCAACCAUUAUCUCAGGCGUUAGCGACGGAAGUAAUAAACGCGUUGUUAGUGGAGAGCCGUAAGCAGGAUAUGACGUACAAACGACACGCCAUCACUGCCCUGGGGCACGCCAUACAAGCCACGCAUUGCGACCGAUUCCAGCAACUCUACGAUAUCGUUAAAGUUAUACUGUCUAAGGAUGAACUAUCAGUUGGUAAGGAAUCAGAUGAGGAGGACAAUGAGGGAGCGAGACAGCGGCGGGAACAGCUGACGGCUUUGAAGGAAGCUGCUUAUGAAUUACUUGGGAAAGCCUGGCCUAAGGAACCUGACACACAAGAAAAGUAUCAAGAUGUAUUCUUCGAGCACUGUUCGAAGUCGUACCCGACGAGUUCUCGGUCGACGCAGCUCGCCAUACUAGCGUCAGUGACGCGAGUCCUCGAGCGACUGGCGAUACUGGCUAAUGCUGGGGAGCCUAUGGAGACAGACAACCCCACAAACAGGGACAAAGCUAUCUCAACUGUUACUGGACAUGUUAUUCUCAUAGUUGAUUAUACUUUGCAAAACAGCAAUCAAGUAAGGCAUAGGAGGGACGCUCUCAACAUCAUGGAAAUACUAGUGAAACAAUUAAAAGAUCUCAACAAAACAGAGGAGUUAGACAAGCUUAGAACGAUAUACCAGUCGUACGCUCAGGACUUGUCGAAGGACUCGUCACACGAAAUACGAACCAAAGUGGAAAACAUUAAAGUGCAUUUUAAAUAGUAUAUGCUGCUUUUAUUUAUUGUCGUGACGAAAACGGUAAUUAAAGUUAUUCUAGUAA